UCAAAUGAUUAAAGCUUUGGCGGUUCUGGAGCUUUUUGACAUCAGUUGGGAUCGUACGGUGGGUCUCUCUCGCACGCUCGAGAGAUGGAUUCGAAGGAGAAGAUAGAGCUGAUACAGCUCACAAUCCAGCAAUUAAUGGACGAUCAAAGAUACAAUACAUUGAGUUCUUCACCGGACGAGACCAGCUUCGCCGUCGACGGUGAAGAUCAUCACCGCCUCCUCCUCUGUAGAUUGCUUUCUCAGUUAGAAACACUAAAAGGGGAUGAUGGCAAACUUCAGCAACCUGAACCAUCAGCCGAUCCAAAGGAAGUACCUUCCCCUGCAGUUGCUGACUCAAAUAGUGAGACUGCCAAGGAGGCGGAGGGUGGUAGUGCUGACAAUGGUGUCAGAAAAGAGAUAGUCAAAGAGCUUCGGAAUGUGAAGAGACAGAAUUUUAUCACUCAUUGUCUUCUUUCGGCCAUGAUUGUCCUUACCAUUACGUGGCAGAUAUCCGAGGUCUCUCUUGUUCUUAGCCUUAAAGAUGGACUGAGCCACCCUUUCAAAACCUUUGGUGGUAUGCUGGCAGGGAUGCUAAAAGGCCCUGUUUUAGAUGCUCAGAAUGGGGAGAAAAAGUCAUCUACAAACCAACCGCAGAUUGAAGUCCCUGCAAUCCCUCCCCUUAAAAUUCCAGAGCUGCCCCUUCUGGAUUUGCCAUUGGGUCUGGAUUGUGAUAAGGACUGAGAUAUGUUUGAAACUAUGCCCAAGAGUGUAGAUUCAUGGUUGUGCUGAUGGCAAGUUUAAUGCUUGGUUUUGUUUUGCAACAGUUGAAGCAACAGAGGGGGUAUUGGAAAAACCUAUCUCUUCUAUCAAUUUCGUUAAUUUCCUUUGUUUAUUAAUGUUGUACUGUUGAAGGCUUGAAAUAAAGGGAUUUUUUUCUUCAUUUUUAUUUUUUA